AUUGUUUUUAUUCAAAAAAAAAAAUCAAACGCAUAAAAACUAUUGUUUGUUUGUUAUUUAUAAUUGAGGAGAUAUACCACUGAAACGGAAGUCUGCAUCGAAUCAGAUUUCACGGUCGAAGACGUUGAGUGAGAGUGGAAAGAGACCUAAAUAUAUAUAACAAUCCCUUAAUCUAAUACUUGUGCCGUUGGUAUCCCUGUCUAAACUAAUGAUAUUUGCCAUAUAACGGUGCGAUUCAAUUGCCCACACAAUCACCAUCGCUAUCAACACAUUAGUUAGUUAGUGAUUAUCACUCAACAGUAGCAGCACAUCGUUGUUGAAGAUGUCUCACACGAUAAGCACCUGUAUCUACCUGUUGAGUCUCAUCCUAUCACCUCUGGUGGUGACGCUUACCUCAUCUACAAGAACUGGAGCAAUCAGUGUCCGACCGCCUCGUUAUCGGACACUAUAUGCCUGCGAGGGAUCAGCACUUGAGAUAAUCUGUGAAGAAGGAACUCAUAUAAACCUAAUUCGUGCCAAUUUUGGUCGUUUUUCGAUAUCCGUGUGCAAUGAUAACGGAAACGUCGACUGGAGAGUCGACUGUAUGUCUCAUCGGUCGUUCCGAGUGAUGCAAGAAAGCUGUGGUAUGAAGAGGUCGUGCAAACUGCCGGCUUCUGCCAACAUGUUUGGUGACCCCUGUCCGGGAACAUUGAAAUACCUGGAAGCCCACUACCAGUGUAUGCCUGAUAACGCAUCGCCCUAUUCAACAGCCCGUCCACCGAACCAUUCAUUUAGAAAUCCAAUUAUACCGUCGUAUGAGUCCGGAGCUGAUAGUAGUAUUAGUAUUAGUAAUAAUAAUAACAACAAUAAUAAUAAGCCAUCGUUUGAGAGCACCGGUGCUAACUCUUCGCCUAAUCCGAGAAUCAUAUUUCCGGAAUCGUAUAAUCCGUCACAAAUGAUGCCAUUCCCGGCCAUUGAGAUGGACAGUGGCAAAGGACAGGGAUCAGAAGUUAGUCAAACGGAAUUUAAGACCAAACAGUCGAUACCAAACAAUAGUGAUAAUAGCGCACAACAACCUAUCGAUGCUUAUCCAAGAAUUAAUGAGAACGACAUCCCACCACCGGUUAAUCCGCCGAUUAUUUCCGAUAAUGAAACGCCUCUUAUUAAUACUGAUAGCGAUAAAACAGGUGUCAAUACUAAUAAUAGAGGAGAUAAUAGUAAUAAUGCCCAUCAAUACUACUCAUCGACACCGGAAAGCAAAUGGAUUACCAGUGGAUCAGAUGCCGACUCAAUCAAUACUAAUAAGCACAAUACGAUUACCAAUAAUAAUAAUAACUAUAUUAAUAAUAACAUGAAUAAUGAUAAUAAUGAUAAUUUAAACAACGAUAAUAACAUAAUGAUUCAUGAAAAUAGCGACAAAUUGGUUGAUCUAACCAUUGAUCACUGUCCGCCUGCAUUUUCCCGAGGUUUGUCCUGGAAUUGGACAUUAGCUGGUCAUGUGGCCAAUCAGUCUUGUCCGGCGGGUACUCAAGGAUUGGCCCGUUGGUCAUGUGUUUACUUGAAUGGCAGACCUCAAUGGACACAAAUGAAAGCCGAUAUGUCUGACUGUUCUUCAUUAUGGGUCUCCCAUUUGGAACACAGACUUAACUCAAAAAGCGAACCAAUUGUCUCAUUAGCCGAUGAAUUGGCCAAAGGUUGUCGAGAGAAGACAUUGUUUGGCGGCGACCUCUUCAGAGCCACAGAUAUUAUCAAUCAUUUGGUGCUCAGAACAGAAGGCAUACAAUACGAGACACACGACGAACAACAACGGAAUCAUGUCGUCAGAGAAAUGCUAAAUUCGGUUCAAGACAUAGUCAGCAGUCUCUUAGACGAUAGACAAGUGGAAGCGUGGAGUGAUUUGUCAACCGAUUACCAGAAGUCGGCCAUCACUUCACAGAUUAAUGCAUUGGAGAGAUUAGCUCUUCUGUUGGCUGAAAUCAAAACCCAAACCAGUGAUUAUCUAAGAGCUCAUCAAAAUAUCUUUUUAUCGAUUCACAUCCGGUCCAUACAAUCAGUAAGUCAUGGCCUACAUUUGCCACCGAUUGUGGACACCAUUGAAGAACUGCCAAAUGCCGUAACACUUCACUCAAACAGCAUCUAUCUCUCACCGCAAACACUGACCGACCAGUCGACUGCUUUUGGUGUCGUAAAAGUGAUUUUUGUUAUGUAUAAAAAGUUAGGACAUCUAUUAAAGCCAAAAACCGAAAGCACUGUUAUGUUGGCCGCUGACGGUGGCCUACAAUCACUUAAUGUAAGCCGAGUUAUAAAUUCAGAUGUAUUUGGCCUACACUUGAACACCGAGAGAUAUACACAACUGAGUGAACCGAUUGAGUUUACUUUGAAACACUUGAUCACCGAUAACGUAACAAACGCCAAGUGUGUCUAUUGGGACAUUGAUCGCCGUGACUGGUCUGACCAGGGAUGCUAUACUAUACGAUCAAAUCGCACCCAUACCUCAUGCAAAUGCAAUCAUUUGACCAAUUUUGCCAUUUUGAUGGAUGUCAACAAUGUUGAGAUCUCAUCGGGCAAUGAAUUGGCAUUGCGUGUCAUAACAGUGAUCGGUUGUACCGUAUCUAUCAUAUGCCUUACCAUAACGUUUAUCACAUUAGUCUCAUUCAGGAGCUUAAGAAGUGUCCGGACAACAAUCCACACCAAUCUGUGCCUUUGCCUUAUAAUUGCUGAACUGAUUUUCCUAUUAGGCAUAAAUGAGACAAAAGUCAAACUGAUUUGUGGUCUAAUAGCCUGUGGUCUUCAUUACUUCUUUUUGUCGGCAUUUCUCUGGAUGUUCUUCGAGGGCUUUCAGCUAUAUGUUAUGCUUAUUGAAGUGUUUGAUCACGAAAAAUCCAGAGUCAACUGGUAUUAUCUAUUGUCUUACGGCGUACCCGCCAUUUUGGUCAUCAUAUCGGCCAUCAUUGAUCCACUUUCAUACGGAACAUCCAAAUACUGUUGGCUUCGAUCGGAUAACUACUUUAUCUGGGCUUUUGUCGGCCCAGUAAUAGCCAUACUGUUGGCCAACAUUGUAUUCUUGGCCAUUGCAAUGACCACAAUGUGUCGACACAUACCGCACAUUACGGCCAACAAAACCAAAGAGCAGACAAAACUAACGAAUAUCAAUGGUGAAAAUAGUCUCGAAUUGAGGCGAAAUAAUCUUAAAAUAUGGAUCCGCGGAUCACUGGCUCUGGUAUUCUUAUUGGGGAUUACCUGGAGUUUUGGACUGCUCUACCUGUCCCGUGAAUCACUGUUUAUGGCCUACUUGUUCACGAUUUGCAAUUCACUGCAAGGAAUGUUUAUCUUUGUCUUUAACUGUCUGACCAACGAAAAAGUCCGCACCGAAUACCGAAAACUGUUUGAAGCUCUUAAUCUGAAACCGGUUUGCUUGGACUCAACGCCAUCCAAGUCGAUGGACACAACACGCGAACAAAUACCGUCAUCUUCAUUGACAACCGACCACAGAACCAGUCUUUAUGUGAACAAUACCGCCAAUACAGGCGCUCAUAAGGACGCCACAGCCAUUAACAUGUUUCCCGUCGCCAAUGCUAUCAAUUGCGAGUCAAUAGUUGGUACGGAAAGAAUUGUCAACAAUGCGGCACCAAAUGGUGUCAAUAUGGGUGCUCUAAUGAUGGCCGCCAGUGCCGAAAGCCCGAAAUUGCGACGAAUGACACAAAAGUAUUAUCUCACAGACGACACAUCAAGCGAUUACGGCUGCAAACGAUUGGCUCAGAGCCGAUGCCCGAAGAAUUCGUGUCGAGACUUAUAUGGUCUGCAUUCGGCCGCACACUUGGCCUCACAUUCGCCUAACUUUAUCGAACACAUCUACGAGUGCAUCGAUGAAGACCCAUAUGUGGCCAAACUUUUGUUGCCCGCCAUUCAGCGAUCACUCGAUGGCCAACACGCGCGCACAUUGAGUGACUCUUCGCGACACUCAGACAAUAGACCACUUAUAUCGUGUUCAACGUCUUCACCGCGAAGUCAUAACUUUCAUAUUCAAACACAAAAUACAGGCAAUCAUUUGCCGGCAAUAGUGAAGGAUAAUACAAAUAACAAGACGACAAUAAUCUGUUCAAAUCAAUUGUCAAAUCAACAACAGAGUCAGCCAUCGAUGGCCGUCCUCAACGGCAAUCAAGUGAUCUGCUGUACACUCAAUGACCAUCAACUCUGUGAUCAUAACAUCCAACAACAACAACAGCCAAUUGGCGCACAUCUUCGACAACAGUAUUUAGUGACAAAUGGAUUAAAUAAUUUGAAUCACUGUUUGACAACAACUAAGUCUCGACAUCUCACUAGUGAUUGUUAAUGAUAUGUCGGACAACAAACUGUUUUAUUUUGUUUUUUUGUCGAUGAAAACCCAUACUUAAAGUGACAAUUAAUUCAAAAAACGAUGUCUAAUCAAAAUUAUUUAUAAAAAAACAAAACAAAACUUUUUAUGUUUGUUCAAAACUUAAUACU